UAACCUACCUUUUCGGUCACCCACCUCAAUAAAACCCUACUUUCCCAUAACACUCCACUCACUCUUCACCUUAUUCACUUUUCUGUUACUCUCUACUACUCACUCUUCUUCUUCUCUCUCUGCAUCAACAAUCUUCAAUCAUGGGCAAGGUCAAGAUCGGAAUUAACGGAUUCGGAAGAAUCGGACGUUUGGUUGCUAGGGUUGCUCUCCAGAGAGAUGAUGUUGAACUCGUUGCCGUUAACGAUCCUUUCAUCACCACUGACUACAUGACAUACAUGUUCAAAUACGACAGUGUUCACGGUCAAUGGAAGCAUCACGAGUUGAAGGUCAAGGACGAGAAGACCCUUCUCUUUGGCGAGAAGCCAGUCACUGUUUUCGGAAUCAGGAACCCCGAGGAGAUCCCAUGGGGAUCCGCCGGAGCUGACAUCAUCGUUGAGUCCACCGGAGUCUUCACUGACAAGGACAAGGCUGCUGCCCAUUUGAAGGGUGGUGCUAAGAAGGUUAUUAUCUCUGCUCCCAGCAAAGAUGCCCCCAUGUUUGUUGUUGGUGUUAACGAACACGAAUACAAGCCAGAGCUUGACAUCAUUUCUAAUGCUAGCUGCACUACCAACUGCCUUGCUCCACUUGCCAAGGUCAUCAACGACAGGUUUGGCAUCGUUGAGGGUCUCAUGACCACUGUCCACUCCAUCACUGCCACCCAGAAAACUGUUGAUGGACCAUCCAGCAAAGAUUGGAGAGGUGGAAGAGCUGCCUCCUUCAACAUCAUUCCUAGCAGCACUGGAGCUGCCAAGGCCGUGGGCAAAGUCCUCCCUUCUUUGAAUGGAAAAUUGACUGGAAUGGCUUUCCGUGUUCCCACCGUUGAUGUCUCCGUUGUUGACCUUACAGUGAGGUUGGAGAAGCCUGCCACCUAUGACGAAAUCAAGCAGGCCAUCAAGGAGGAGUCAGAGGGCAAGUUGAAGGGCAUCCUUGGUUACACCGAAGAUGAUGUAGUUUCCACCGACUUUGUUGGCGACAGCAGGUCAAGCAUCUUUGAUGCCAAGGCAGGAAUUGCAUUGAGCAAGAACUUUGUGAAGAUUGUUUCGUGGUACGACAACGAGUGGGGUUACAGCACUCGCGUGGUUGAUCUUAUUGUUCACAUUGCAAAACAGUAAGGUGGUGCUGCUGCAAAGGAGGACUACCGUUGAGUAAUAUGUGUUUAUUAUGUCCAGCUGCAAAGUCUCUGAAUAAAUGUUUUCCCAACCCGUGAUAUGUUACCCGUUGAGGAGUGUUAGCUCUUUCUUUUUUGACUUUUAUGGUUGCCUCUCGUGAAUUAUGGAUUUUGGUUCAUGUAGACUUGCACAUCAAUGUACUCUUUGCUCGGCUUUUUAUUCAUCGCUAUAGUGGAUGAUUUUCACACCAUCCUACAUUUCUCA